CGAGCAAUGUUCCUUAAAAGUUUUGUAGUUUGUAUUCUAAGCCUUUGGUUGUGCAGUGCGAGUGCAGCAAACAAUGGAACUGUUGCUGUUGGACGCAUUGUAGGUGGUCAGCUGACAACCAUCUCCAGUGUGCCAUAUAUGGUGCAGCUUUUGAAGAGAGGUACCUUCACCUGUGGCGGAGCUUUGGUGGCGCCCAACUUUGUUUUAACUGCAGCACAUUGUUGUGAGGAUACGAAUCCUGCUGAUUUCACAGUAGUAACAGGAGCCACUAAACUCACGGACACAGGUGUCAAAAGCAAAGUUUCCAAAUUGCUAAUGCCUGCAACAUGGAAUCCAACUACUAUGCAUAUGGAUAUUGCUCUACUGAAAUUGGCUACCCCCAUAACAAGUGGAGCCGCGAAAACUGUGGGUUUCUAUACGGGCAGUUACACAGCAGGCACCCAGGUCCAAGUCUCCGGUUGGGGUCGCACCAGUGAAGGUGGCAGCAUUUCACAGCAAAUACGCACUGUCCGAGUGCCCAUCAUUAACAAGAGUACAUGCACAAGUCAAUAUCGUGGUGUGAUCGCUCUUACGAAAACCAUGUUUUGUGCUGGCAAUCCUGGCUCCAAGGACUCAUGCUCAGGCGACUCGGGCGGUCCAGUAAUAUGCAAUGGCGCGGUAUGCGGUGUUGUCUCCUUUGGUGUUGGCUGUGCCCGAGUGGGUUUUCCUGGCGUUUACACCGAUACAAAGGCAUCGAAGAUCUGGAGAAUGGGAGGUUUCACUUGUGGCGGCUGCUUGAUUGCAAAACACUUGGUGCUCACCGCAGCCCAUUGUGUUGAUGGUGCGAGACCAUCCGAUUUUACUGUUGUCACAGGAGCCACCAAGCUAACGGACACAGGCGUCAGAAGUAAAGUUUCCAAAUUUUUCUUGCCACCCAGCUGGGAUCCAGAUACCAUGAAUAUGGAUGUGGCCAUACUCAAAUUGACCACUCCCAUUACCACGGGUAGCGCAAAACCUACCACUUUCUAUAAUGGCACCUUAAGCGCCGGCAUGGAAGUACAAGUGUCCGGUUGGGGUCUGACCAAAGAGAGUGGUAGCAUAUCCCAACAAAUACGUAGCGUGAAGUUUCCAAUCAUCAACAAGAGUACGUGUACAAAACAAUACAAGGAUGUCAUUCCAAUCACAAGUAUGAUGUUUUGCGCUGGCAGUCCCGGUUCAAAGGAUUCAUGUUCCGGCGAUUCGGGUGGUCCUGUCAUUUACAAAGGCUUGGUAUGCGGUAUUGUCUCGUUUGGUGUGGGAUGUGCUCGUGUGGGUUUUCCUGGAGUUUAUAGUGAUACGAAAGCCACAAGAGCUUUUAUCGAUAGCGCUGUGAAGAAAUAA